ACAGCUGUUUUGUAUACACAAUAAAAACAACAUUAACAACAAAAUAAUUGCUUAAUAUUUAAAUAUAACUUUUAUCUUACGCAGUGCGACAGACAGACGCGUACGCUGAGCAACAAAGGCAUUUAAUGUGCAUUCGAGACACUCACAAGCGCGAUAAAAACAAUUGCAGCUUACUUAAAUUUGAUGCGUUUGCACUUAAAAUGCAUCAUCGACAAUAAAUAAAGCAACAAAUUCGUCAUACCAAAGACAAAUUCAGGCAAAGGAAAAAGGGCAACAUUUACAAACACAACUAUUUGCAAUGUCAUAAAAUUGAUUACGAAGAAGCAAAUAUGCGCGGAAUAGAAGGAAAAGUUGUGGUACUGGGAUCGCGAGGCGUGGGCAAGACGCGUCUGGUAAUUAAAUAUAUGAAGAACUCUUUGCAUCGAAAUGAGAGCGAGGUGCCGACAAUAGCCGUUUCGUUUUUUACAUGCAACAUCGUUUUGGAUCAGGUUAAAAUCAAAUUACAAAUCUGGGAUACGGCUGGCCAGGAGCGUUUCCGAGCCGUUGCCCCCAUGUAUUAUCGGAAUGCGAAUGCAGCCAUUUUGGUGUUCGAUCUGACGCAGUAUAAAACCUUCACGGAAAUCAAGUCAUGGAUACAAGAGCUACAUCGCAAUGUUCAGGAUCCGAUGAUAUUGACUCUGGUAGGCAAUAAAAUGGACAUGCAGGCGCAGCGAGCUGUUUCCCGAGAUGAGGCUUACCUGUUUGCCACCUCCAUAGGGGCUACAUACUUUGAGACGUCGUCGGAGACUGAGCAGGGUCUAGAACAAGUAUUUUUAACCACAGCUCUGGGCCUGGUGCGCCUGGCCGACGAGGGCAAGAGUCGUUCAUUACGCUCAUUUGAGUCAUGCGAUUCAUUGGCCUACACAAAUACCAACACUGCCUUCAGUCAUUCUGUGGCCGCCUUGGCUCGCAGCCCAGAACAUCCGGCCUUCCGCUUGCCUUACGUCGAUAUUGGCUUAGCCGUCGACGAUGGCGAGGACGUGAAAACGAAUGGUGUGGGUCGUCUGGAGACGCCGCCUUGGAGCAUUGAACAUAUCGCCCUGGGUGAGGUGGAGAGGCCCCGAUAUUGUUGCUACUGAAGCAUUCAACUGAUACACAGAGGAACCAUUGUGAUGUUAACAAAGCAGACUAACUUUUAGUUCGAAUACGAUAAAAUCCGAUCAUUUGGCACAGCUUAAGCGGUAAAGAAAGAACCAAAAAACUCCCAAUACAUUUUAAAAACAAACAAGGAUACAAGCGUCAAUAACAAGAAAAUGUAAGAAAUAUUGAUUAGGCCAUAAACGAGCUGUUGCUUGCUUCAUGGACAAAGCGACUCAAAGCGGCUCAUAGAUUUUAAUUUGUAGAUCUUAAGUUUCAAUCAGCAAUCGCCUCAAUGCAUAUUAUUAUGAUUCUAACUAUUUAUGUGCGUCGCUGUAAGCUCAUUUUGGACAUUAAAGCAACCCCAAACCCGA